AUGCGCUACAGCGAGCGGGAGCUGCUGUCCCUGUCCCGGCAGCCGGCGGAGAAGGCGGCGGAGAUCCUGAUGCGGGUGCCCAAGAAGGGGAGCGUGCUGAAGAAACGCCUCGUGAAGCUUGUUGUCAACUUUCUCUUCUACUUCCGAACAGAUGAAGCGGAGCCAAUUGGAGCUUUGCUGUUGGAACAUUGUAAAAUCACCAAAGAAGAGGAGAAUGUCUUUUCAAUCAGUUUCGUUGAGGAGCCGGACAGGAAAUACUCCUUUGAAUGUGACACCGAGGAGCAAUGCCAGGAGUGGAUUGAGGCUCUCCGAAGAGCCAGCUACGAGUUCAUGAGAAGAAGUUUGAUUUUCUAUCGGAAUGAGAUUCAGAAGAUGACAGGGAAGGACCCCCUGGAGCAGUACGGAAUCUCCGAGGAAGCCCGAUUCCAGUUGGGAACACGCAAGCUCUAA